GCGCGCGCCCUCAGCGCCGGCGCGCGGGAGACGGCGGGGCCGGUGCGGGCGCUGGAGCCGCCGCGGCGGCAGGACGAUGGAUGCGCCGUGCUCAUCCCUGGCCGCUCGGCGUCUUUCCCUGGCGGCACGGGCUUCCAAAGCAGCUGAGUCUAGGACCUUAAGGAAUGUCACACAAUAGUUGCUGAACUAACUGACACUGAAAGGAUCAGAAAAAGAUGGCAAUCCAUAUUUGAAAUAAACACGUGGACUCUCUGAUAAAAAAAAUGUCAAAAAAAGGACGGAGCAAGGGCGAAAAGCCUGAGGCGCUGAUUGUUGCCCUACAGGCUGCCAAUGAGGAACUCAGGACUAAGCUAACAGACAUUCAAAUUGAGCUGCAUCAGGAGAAAUCUAAGGUUGCUAAACUUGAAAGAGAAAAGACUCAAGAAACGAAGCGUAUCCGCGAAGUGGAGCAACGCAAGCAGACUGUGCAGAUCACAGAGCUAAAAGCCAAACUCCAUGAGGAGAAAAUGAAGGAGCUGCAGGCUGUGAGGGAGAACCUCAUCAAGCAGCACGAGCAGGAGAUGACGAGAAUGGUGAAAGUCCGAGACAGUGAAAUCCAGCGCCUGAAGUCGGCGCUGUGCGCACUGCGGGAUGGGAGCAGUGAUAAAGUACGGACAGCGCUGACUAUUGAGGCUCGGGAAGAGGCCAGGAAACAGUUUGACUCUGAGCGCCUUAAGCUUCUGCAGGAAAUUACUGAACUGAAGUCUGCCAAAAAGCAGGUAGAUGAGGCCCUUAACAAUAUGAUCCAGGCUGACAAGAUCAAGGCAGGCGAUCUUCGGAGUGAGCAUCAGUCCCACCAAGAGGCCAUUUCCAAGAUCAAAUGGGAGAGUGAAAGGGAUAUUCGACGCCUGAUGGAUGAGAUCAAGGCUAAAGACAGGAUCAUAUUUUCAUUGGAGAAAGAACUGGAGACACAGACAGGCUAUGUGCAGAAGCUGCAGCUGCAAAAGGAAGCUCUGGAUGAACAGCUCUUUUUGGUGAAGGAGGCAGAGUGCAACAUGAGCAGCCCCAAGAGAGAGAUCCCAGGAAGAGCUGGCGAUGGUUCGGAGCACUGCAGCAGCCCUGACUUGCGCAGAAACCAGAAGAGGAUAGCAGAGCUGAAUGCCACCAUCCGGAAGCUGGAAGACCGGAACACGUUGCUUGUUGAUGAGCGAAAUGAGCUGUUGAAGCGUGUCCGAGAAGCUGAGAAACAAUGUAAACCUCUUCUGGAAAAGAACAAGUGCCUCACGAAGAGAAAUGAUGAACUUAUGCAGUCUUUGCAGCGCAUGGAAGAUAAACUCAAAGCAGUCACUAAAGAAAAUAUAGAAAUGAGAGAAAAAAUAACAUCACAUCCUCCUCUAAAGAAAUUAAGAUCUCUCAAUGACCUGGAUCAGGCUAAUGAGGAGCAAGAAACUGAAUUUUUAAAGCUUCAGGUUAUAGAACAGCAGAACAUAAUUGAUGAGUUAACAAGGGACAGGGAGAAACUCAUUCGUCGGAGAAAGCAUAAAAGGAGCUCAAAACCAAUCAAGAGACAUGUGGUGGAUACAGUUUUUGGGUAUGAUGAUGAUUCUAUGGAUUCUGAAACAUCAUCUGUGACCUCAUAUAGAACAGACAGGACACCAGCAACCCCAGAUGAUGAUCUGGAUGAGGGUUUAGCAGCAGAAGAGUCAGAGCUGCGGUUUCGACAGCUGACAAAGGAGUACCAGGCCCUGCAGAGAGCGUAUGCACUGCUGCAGGAACAGACAGGAGGGGUCAUAGAUGCUGAAAGAGAAGCCAGGGCUCAGGAGCAACUUCAAGCUGAGGUCCAGAGGUAUAAAGCCAAAAUAGAAGAUUUGGAGAAAACUUUGGCUCAGAAAGGGCAGGACUCACACUGGGUGGAAGACAAGCAGCUUUUUAUUAAGAGGAACCAAGAGCUUUUAGACAAGAUAGAGAAAAUGGAAGCAGAAAACAACCGUCUGCACCAGGAGCUGCAGGAUGCGCGAGACCAGAAUGAGCUGCUGGAGUUCCGCAACCUUGAGCUGGAGGAAAGAGAGAGACGGUCCCCACCAUUUAAUCUCCAGAUUCACCCAUUCUCAGAUGGUGUGAGUGCUCUACAGAUCUACUGCAUGAAGGAAGGGGUUAAGGAUGUCAGCAUCCCAGACCUUAUAAAGCAGUUAGACAUCCUAGGUGAUAAUGGGAAUUUAAGGAAUGAAGAACAAGUGGCCAUAAUUCAGGCUUCCACGGUAUUGUCCUUGGCAGAAAAGUGGAUCCAGCAGAUUGAGGGAGCUGAAGCUGCUCUGCAUCAGAAGAUGAUGGAACUGGAAAGUGAUAUGGAGCAAUUUUGCAAAAUAAAAGGUUAUUUGGAGGAAGAAUUAGACUACAGAAAGCAAGCUCUUGACCAAGCGUACAUGAGGAUCCAGGAGCUUGAAGCCACCUUGUACAAUGCUUUGCAGCAAGAAACAGUGAUAAAGUUUGGGGAACUACUCACUGAAAAACAGCAGGAAGAGCUGAGGACAGCAGUAGAAAAGCUAAGACGUCAGAUGCUGAGGAAAAGCAGAGAAUAUGACUGCCAGAUUCUUCAGGAGAGGAUGGAGCUGCUCCAGCAGGCUCAUCAGAGGAUCCGAGAUUUAGAAGAUAAAACUGACAUCCAAAAGAGACAAAUUAAGGAUCUAGAGGAAAAGUUUCUAUUUCUGUUCUUGUUCUUCUCUCUUGCCUUUAUUCUUUGGCCUUGAUGUCAAUGUGCCUCUUUGAAAGAGUGCCCGACCAUGCAGAUAAGUCCUUAUAAAGGCAAAUGCUUCCACCCCUCGAUGAAGAGAAUAUUGUUUACACCUAUUUUCAAAAGUAUAAAAAUGAACAGCCUGUAGCCAAGACUGCAACCAUCUUGUAUUUUAAAGCCAUCACUCAAAAUUUGUUACCUGAAAAUUUCUGUCUAAAACUAUUAUAUAUGCUGCAUCUAAUGAAAUCCUGUAUGUGAAAUUACAAAAGGGGAAGAAAAAUAAACCGACAACCUACAUCACCUAGGAAGAACGUAAAGGGAAGGAACCACUUUCAGCUGAUCAAGUCAGUGUGUCUUGGGCAUGGAACCAAAGCUACAAUAGAAAAAUCUAUUCCUGCUGUGCAGGGCAAUCAUUUAAAUGUCACCCUGUCAUCUGACAAAUGGAUCAGAAAUUAGCAGAUCAGAGUAGGAGAAACUCAAGAGAUGCUGACAACAAAGUGCUCAAUUUGAAGUGUGUGGCUUGCUGCAGGGACUCCUGCUCUCCCUCUUUGCUUUUAACCUCAGGAACAAAUGACAGCUGCAUUGUGGAAGAAAGAAAGUAAAAAAAAACAGUCUGUGUUACUGGAGGAUGGGCAGGACAGGUCACCAUGCUUUAUGCUUGAGAUUGUUACACAGCACCACCUGCCUUGGCCAAGGAAUGGAAGAAGAGGGUAAAUGGCAUAAGGAAGGUUUCCAGUGGAGUUGAAGCCAUAUCUCUCUUCACCAUCCCACCAUGAAGAACAGUCUGUCUAUUAUCAGAUACUUUUCAUAUUCUUUAAAGACUGCCACUGAGGUAAUAAUGACUAUACUUGGUUUCACUAUUAAGUAACCACUGAGGAUCACUGAAUUGGACCUACAGAGUAGCUUCUGAGAAAGAGAAGAAAUGUUGGAGGACAGGGCAGGGAGGAAUGCUAAUCCCCUAUCCAUGUGACAUGAUUGACAAAGCAUCAGCUUCCAACUGUUUUGUCCCAGCUUGGAAAAAAUGUUUUGGUUCAGCUUGUUAACUGACUUUGUUAAUUGGCUUCCUGAUCAAUGAUACACAGACCAAAAAUGGGGAAAAACAUUAUGAACACAACCUUAUUGCAAAUAAGAAAUAUUGCUAGUCUGUUUAGAUUUUCCACUGAUAAGAGUAACUAAAAUUGUUUUCAUUUGAAAGCAUUACUUACCUCUGUAAUCACGAAGCCUGGAACCCAGCUGUGUUGCCUCCCUGAGGUCAUAGGUCCAUGCACCCAGUACUUUAUCAGAAAUGCAGGUCCACGAACCCCAGUACUCUUUCAGGAGAGUUUUCCUGUUACUAUACCACAUGAAAGAAGCACGAUGUGAGUCGCUGCUAUUCCAAAGGUAAUAAAGAGGAAGUUUUAUUUCUGACUCUAACAUUUGUACUUUUCUAAAGGUGACAGUGGAUUGGAAGGUGAGCAUACCACCUCUCCAACGAACUACUAGUACGUUAAACUUCUCUGCCUCCACAAAGGAAUGUAAAACAAUAGGUUGUUUACAGAAAGUUGUGUGAGAAAGUUUUCUACAAGAAUGUAAACUCAGAAGGUUUUAGAAAAUCCUAAAAAUCAUGGUGACAUACUCCCCGAGAAGCAUAAUGCCUGCAGCAGUCACUGUGAGGGUCCUGUGCUGAGGGAAGCAGUGCAGCCAGCUGCACCCACCUUCCCUUUCUCACUGAUGGGCUUGACAUCACACUUCUCAGUGCCUCUGGUUUCAUUUCCUGGGGAAUGGAGUCCUGCCUGUUCAGACUUUGGAUUCCUGUGGCAAGGCUCUGUCUUCUGUGAUGGACCCUUAAUUUUAACUGGCAGAAGUGGAUUUCUGUACUAGAAAUUAGAAAAUUAAGGGCCAGUGUGCAGGUUGUGCAUUACUUACACUUUCAAAGCAGGGAUCACAUGUACCAACAUCUUACACACAUCAGAAGCUUUUAAAGCUUGUGAAGAGUUUUUUUGAACAGCUUCUCCUUCAUAUGCAUGCAGGUAAUUGCAUUCCCAAGGGUUCAGGGUGGAAUGGGGGCUGGUAGUCUGACUGCAGCAGACCUGGGUCUGCAAACUUUUCAAAGAUUGUUCUUCCCUCCAGGGAGCUGAGCGACCGCUGCUUUACUGUCCUUGCAGCGUAACACAUGCCAUGCCUAAAACACACAUGCUGAUGUGAGUUAAUACAAACUUCCUGCUAUCAGCUAGAUUAAAAUGAGUUUCAUGUCUGUGUGUGUAUAUAUAUAUAUAUAUAUACACACAUGUAUCUAUAUGUAUAUGUACAUAUAUAUACAUAUAUAUGCAUAUACUUAGCAAUUCCCUAUUGUAUAUAGAAAUUAUUGCUGUAGCUUACGAAAGUUACUUCAAUCUAGGCAUGGGGAACUGAAUCAAGAUUAUUUAGCUGCCACAGCUGGUACGUUCUUCCAGGUUUAGUUUCACAUCUUAUGGACAGCUAAUUUUUGAUUUUUUUUUUUUUUGGACCCUUCACUCUCCUUGGACUGUUAAUCCUGGGCUUUCUGCUGUUCCUGAUGUUCAUUGAAGGAAAGGAUUGAGAAUCCUCCCUCAGAUUAGUCACUGCAGCCAACCUCCCCUCCCCAAAACCAACAAGAAAAAAAAAAUCAAUUUACUGCAGCCUUUGAGGACAGCGAAUACAGCCCUGGAUCCCUCCCAUGCAUCCAUUCAAGGCUGUUCAGGAGUAGCUGCACUCCAGGCUAUCCAUCCUGCCACAGAAGGUAGUACAAAUCAGCUUGACCACAGUUUGACUUGCCUUUUUUUUCCCUCAAUGACCAAAUUAUGAGACUUUGAAGACUAUUUUUUGAAUUUAAUCACUUCAGAUGAGGGCCUGGUUAGGUGAGAUGAAUUUAGGCAAUUGUGGUUGCAGUAAGGAAAUGGUACUUGUAGUGUUACCAGCCUGGCUCACAGAUCCAUCCUCUCUUACUGAUGCGCCUGGAGGACAAGUGGGGAAUUUUUUUUAGGUGUUCAUCUUCCAACCGCUUACUGUUAUCUCAGUGGGAAGUAUCCUUGAAAUGCAAAGCUUUCAGUUCUGUGGUAUCCCAUGAGGAUUGCCCAGGCCAGGCUCUCCUGACAUGAGUAGGGCUCAGAGAACAAACUGAUGGUGAUCCAAAAGGUUUUCUCUUCCCCUGCCCUCUCUCACAUCAGCACCUCUGUGGUUUUAUAUAUACUUUUUGUUCCAGAUUUUUUUGGUGUCUAUUCCAGAACAAAACUGUAAAUUACUUGGCAGAAAGACCCUUUAAUAAACACUGGACAUGUACCUGUACUAUAUGUAUUAACGUGUAGGAGAGAAUCCUUAUUGUAUGUAAAGUUUUAUGAAUGGUUAUUUUUUAAUUUAUGUAUUUAAUAUAGGAUUCAAUGACCUCUGGUGUUUUAGUUUGUAUAAAAAAUAAAGGAGCAGCAUUUUUAAAAAAAUAAACCCAACACUUUACGUUCACAGAGA